AUGGCGGAGCCGGAGGCGGACCCGGAGCCGGUGUCGGCCGAGGCGGUGCUGCGGGAAUUGGGGCUCUUCGAGCUGCGCUGCGACGGGGAGGACGUGCCCGCCAAGCUGGUGGAGCUGUGCCUGACCCACGGGCUGGGCCCGGUGGCGUUGGCCAACGAGCUGCUGGCCUUCGUCACCAGCAAGGACCUCGGCACCCAGCUCUCCGCCGACGGCCUCGACGCCUUCGAGCACGAGGUCCUCGCCAAGCGGGGCAGCAGGAUCCCCCGGAAAAGGGACAACCGCUACGGUGGCUUCCACGACGUCCACUCUCUCCAGGAGCUCCUUGACGAGGAAGAAGAGGACGAGCUGCUGGACGCCUACACCACACCGUCCAAAGGGUUCCCAAAACGCAGCAAUUCCACCCCAGAAAACCCCCGGCCCAAGCGGACCCUCUCCUCCCGCAGCCCCUACGCGCUCUUCUCUCCCAACAGCUUCUCCCCGAGCGUCACCCCCUCCCAAAAAUACACGGCGCGCAGCAGCCGGGGCGAGGUGGUGGCCUCGUUUGGCUCCGUCCAGGGUCCCUCCUGGAGCGGUCGGGGCGGCCGCGGUUGUACCCCGAAACUUUUCGGUCCCCCGGAAGAAAAUCUGACAAAAAGCUACAAAUUCAUGUUCCAGAAAGCGCUGGACGUCCGGGAAGUGCUGUCUUGGAGGAUCGAGGAGCUCGGUGACGCGCUGAAGAGCCACCAUCACCUGGAGGACUUCGCCUCGGUGUUGCUCCCGGCGCAGGAGCCGGUGACGGUGCUGGGCCAGAUCGGCUGCGACAGCAACGGGAAGCUCAACGCCAACUCGGUGGUGCUGGAGGGCGACCGAGAAUACUCCUCGGGUGGACAAGUCCCCCUCGACCUCUCGGAGCUGAAGGAUUAUUCCCUCUUCCCUGGCCAGAUCGUGGCGCUGGAGGGAACCAACAGCACCGGCAGGAAGAUGGUGGUCUCGAAGCUCUACGAGGGGGUGCCCCUUCCCUUCCACACGCCGACGGAGCCGGCCCCAGCAGAGCAGAGGAUGGUGCUGGUGGCCUGUGGACCCUACACCACCUCCGACAGCAUCGCCUACGACCCGCUCGCCGACCUCGUCGAGGUGAUCGGCCGCGACCGCCCCGAUGUCUGCGUAUUGUUUGGGCCGUUCCUGGAUGCCAAGCACGAGCAAGUGGAGAACUGCCAGCUCCUGGGGUCCUUCGCCGAGGUCUUCAAGCUCUGCCUGAAGACAAUAAUCGAAGGGACGAGAAGCGCCGGCUCUCAGCUUGUCUUCGUCCCCUCGCUGCGGGAUGUCCACCACGACUACGUCUACCCGCAGCCGCCGUUCCUCUACCCCGAGCUGCCGAAGGACGACAAACCGCGCGUGCACUUCAUGUCGGACCCCUGCACCCUGGACAUCGACGGCGUCGUUUUCGGCCUGACCUCCACCGAUCUGCUCUUCCACAUGGGUGCCGAGGAGAUCAGCAGCUCAUCCGGGAUCUCGGACAGGUUCACGCGAAUCCUCAAGCACAUCCUGACACAGAGGAGUUACUACCCGCUGUACCCCCCCUCGGAAGAGCUGAACGUCGACUACGAGACUUUCUACAGCUACGCCUCGUUACCCGUCACGCCGGACGUCCUCGUCACCCCCUCGGAGCUGCGGUACUUCAUUAAGGAUGUGCUGGGCUGCGUCUGCAUCAAUCCCGGCCGGCUGACGAAGGGCCAAGUCGGGGGUACCUACGGCCGCCUGUACCUACAGCGGGAGGACGCCAAGGGCGAGCGGAAGAGUCCGUGUGUUGCCGCUCAAGUCGUUAAAAUCUAAAUCGUCAGGGCAGAGACUAAUUUCUUUGAUUCUUCUUCCACCUACAACUUAAUUUCUUCACGGCAACAAAUUAGUGUUAAAAUACACUUUGAAUUUUGGUUAAAAACCA